CUAAUCACACCAAUUCUCUUCUUCUCUCCUUACUUCUCUUCAUUUGCAGUUCCAAUUCCAAUUCUCUCACAAGAAAUACUCAGCUUUGUUCAUUAGUCAAUUUUCUUAAUAGAACAGCAAUGGCUUCUUGGGUAUUUCUUCUAAAUGCUCUUCUACUAGUUUCUUUCUUUCAGUUCUCUGUAGCUACUGGAAGGAAACUCAAUGAAUUAGUACAAGAACAGCCUAGUGUACCAUUAAAAUACCACAAAGGAGCUCUUCUUUGUGGUAAAAUCUCUGUUAAUCUCAUCUGGUAUGGUAAUUUCAAACCUGCCCAGAGAGCAAUUAUCUCUGAUUUUUUCAGUUCUGUUCAUUCUACUCCAUCAAAGACCCUCAAUGAACCAUCUGUUUCUACAUGGUGGAAGAAAACAGAGAAAUACUACCAUCUACCAACUUCUACAAGGAAACCCACUUCAUUGGUUUUGAAAUUAGGGAGACAAAUCUUUGAUGAGAAGUACUCUUUGGGUAAAUCUCUGAGUAACAAGAAAAUCGUUAGAUUAGCAUCCAGAGGUGAACAGAGAAAUGCAAUCAAUGUUGUAUUGACUUCUGCUGAUGUUGUUGUUGAUGGGUUCUGUUCUAGCAGAUGUGGAACUCAUGGUUCUUCAAUUUCUGCUUCAAAGAAAUCCAAAUUUGCUUACAUUUGGGUUGGAAACUCUGAGACUCAAUGUGCUGGUCAAUGUGCUUGGCCUUUCCAUCAACCAAUCUAUGGACCACAAGGUUCACCAUUAGUUGCACCUAACAAUGACGUUGGAGUUGAUGGAAUGGUGAUCAAUUUGGCCAGUCUAUUAGCCGGAACAGCAACAAAUCCAUUCGGAAAUGGGUAUUUUCAAGGACCGGCUGAAGCCCCAUUGGAAGUUUCAUCUGCCUGUACUGGAAUUUAUGGAACCGGAGCUUACCCUGGUUAUCCUGGAAAUUUGUUGGUCGAUUCAAGCACCGGUGGAAGUUACAACGCUAAUGGUGCUAACGGAAGGAAAUUCUUGUUGCCGGCAUUGUUUGAUCCUGCUACAUCUACUUGCUCAACUCUGGUCUAGUGAUUUCAAUAAGAUAUGUACACAAUUUUAGAGAGAUAUGUAAAAUAGGGAGGGGGUUUAGUGAGGGUUUAAGUUUGUGAUGAUAAUGUAACAAUUUAUUCAUUCUUUUUUAAAUCAAUGAAAAAGAGCAAAAAACUUCUUUUGUUUUUUCAAAAAAAAUU